GAGGUUUUUUUAAGUUGUUAGGAUGGCGAUUGAUACUGCAGUGACGAUUCUUCUGACUGUUUGUGUUAUUAUCCUGCUUUAUUUAGUUAAAUGGAGGGGCAACAGCAAACAAAAAAAUCUUCCCCCCGGACCAACGGCAUUCCCACUGUUGGGUAAUUUUCCGCAGAUCGGAACUACAGAAAUUCCUGCCUCCCUUGUAGAGCUAAGUAAAACCUACGGACCUAUGUAUACCCUGUAUCUGGGUGGUCAUCCAUUGGUCAUGCUCAUUGGGUAUGAUGCAGUGAAGGAAGCGUUGAUUGACUACGGUGAUGUUUUUAGUGACAGGGGAAGAACAGGAAUUUCUCAGGCUAUAUUUAGUGAAUAUGGUGUGAUAAUGAGCAAUGGAGAGAGGUGGAAAACAAUGCGGCGAUUUACUCUUAUGACUCUAAGAAACUUUGGGAUGGGGAAGAGAAGUCUUGAAGAAAGGAUACAAGAGGAAGCGCGAAACCUGGAAGAAGCAUUUAGAAAGAAAAGAGAUGAACCAUUUGACCCAAUAUACCUGCUGGGACUAGCCGUCUCCAAUAUUAUCUGUUCCAUUAUUUUUGGUGAGAGGUUUGAUUACGAGGAUGAAAAAUUUAAGUCUCUGCUGAUGUACAUGAGAGAGACGCUCAAAUUACUGAACUCUUUCCUUGGACAGGUUCUCAAUUUGUUUCCAAACCUGUCUCUUUACAUUCCUGGCCCCCACCAAAAAGUUUUUGCAAAUUUCAACAAGCUAAAAGAGUUUGUGAAAGAUGAGGCAAAAUCCCACAGAGAUACAUUGGAUGCAAACUGUCCAAGAGACUUUAUAGACUGCUUCCUGAUCAGAAUGGAGGAGGAAAAAAUGAAUCCUGACACCGAAUUCCACAAUGAGAAUUUGUUUGCGGUCAUCUUCGAUUUGUUUUUCGCUGGGACAGAGACCUCAAGUCUGACACUGAGAUACGCCUUUCUGAUUUUACAGAAAUACCCAGAAAUUCAAGAAAAAGUUUACAAGGAGAUUGAUGAAGUGAUAGGCCAACAUCGCUAUCCAUCAGUCGAGGAUCGGAGCAAGAUGCCAUAUACAGAAGCUGUGAUCCAUGAAAUUCAGAGAUUUGCAGACAUUAUUCCAAGCGGCCUUGAACGUUCAGCCAGUAAAGACACAACCUUCAGAGGAUAUUACAUUCCAAAGGGAACUUCCGUUUUUCCAGUAUUAACAUCUGUGCUUAAGGAUCCUAAAUACUUCAAAAAUCCAGAUCAGUUUGACCCCAGACACUUUCUAGAUGAGAAUGGCUGCUUUAAGAAGAAUGAGGCAUUCAUGCCUUUUUCUACAGGAAAGCGCAUGUGCGCCGGGGAAGGACUGGCUCGUAUGGAGAUCUUUAUAUUUCUUACUACCAUUUUGCAAAAAUUCAUUUUAAAACCGACAGUGGAUACAGAAGCCAUUAAAAUCACCCCACAACCAAACACCAAUGCUUCACGACCGUGGCCGUACAAGAUGUUUGCUGUUCCUCGCUGCUGAAGUACGAUAGCCAAAAUGUGAAAACAAUAUUGAUUGAUUAAUGUUCUUACAUAUCUGUUUUGUAGAUGUCCUCACCAUACGAUCUCUGAUGGCUUAUAAUUUAGAGUAUAAUGAUGUGGCCUGGCAAAUAGUCUGAAUUCAAAAUCUUAUUAUAACAACCAGCAUUCAUCUAUUCUCAUUCUUCUUGUGCAAAGACACGUGGAAUGUGGCAGGUGAAUGGACCUUAUGAAAACUGGUCUUUUGCUGGCAAUGGCCAGAUACUGUACCUAUAGGAUUCUCCAAUGGCUAUAGGAAAGAACCCUAAAAAGACUGGGGUUGGUGUAUACCAUAGAAGCAAAUGUAAGUGAGCAGUAAGAGAAUCAAACUUUGAAGUGAAGCCCUGAUGAAGAAGACUUUAGAGCAGAGCUAUGCUGGGUAAGUCUGUCAAGAGAUGCCUGGAAUGCUUGUGUCUCUGUGAUGAAGUACAGCCUAAAAAUAUCAUCCCUUUACUAGAAUAGUAAUUGGAGCACACUAGGCUUGCCUGCAUCUCAUUUACAGCUGGGUGUUGUCAGAAUGCUUCCUCUUCUUCAAUGCACUGAUUGAAGCAUGGGCCAAAUGGCAUGCCCACACAUCAUUCCCAUCUUUCCUGGACCAUUACAUUUGAUCUGCAGCUCCACUAGCAACACUACAUAUGAGCAGGAAGAAAUUUCUGCAUCGGAAUGUGAACUAAAAGUUAGGCAAUAAGGCUAGAAGUCCAUUUCUGUAAUGAUGGUGGUAUAGUGGAUUUGGGAAUAGUGGUUCAGUAGACCAUAAUGAGGCAAAUCUAUGGGAAUUUCAUUGUUUGUCUUAUUUUUGUUCUUCUUUAAAUAAAAUACAUUUAAAACAUUAUAUAACCAUUAGAUCAAUUACAUCUGCCAGGUCUAAUGCAGAAUACAUAACAUGAUGCCCGGGUAAUAGUUUACUGAAUUUGUUGUUGUUGCUAAACUAUAAUAGUUUGCUGGGCAAAUAUAUUUUAUUUGCACUCUGUACAAUUGGACAUUUUUAAUGCUUUCCUUAGGUGUAAUAUGCCUGCAUUUUUGUGUAAUUACACUUCUGUAAGAAAAUUGAAGACUCUGAACAGUAAAACAAAUUACAAUAAAUAUAUAUCAUGUUUUUCAUAA